AUGCAGCACGGAUGAUUGAGCUUGCCGAGACUGGUAUGAGAUCGGCAUAUGACUUUGCGUGUCUCCAUGAGCGUGUGCCCGCUACCCCACCUGGGGCAGCAGGUGGUCGUGGUCGAUGAGGAGUUGGUGGCCUUCAUAGAGGUGGUAGGGCUGGCAGAGGUGACGAGGCUCCGUCGACUUCAGAGAUCCCGCCGAGUUCUUACCAGCCAGCGACUACAGAUAACCCAUCGACUUCUCAUUCCAGGUCGUCGACUUCACAGACGCGUCUGUAUACGCCGGACCCUUUUUCAGAUUAUGUGACAUGGCCUUCAUUUCCACAUCCAGUAGUUCGUGAUCCACAAGGUGAGCGGCCGGUUCGUGAUCUACAGGGUGGCCUACAUCUGCACUUCGACGACUCCAUGUUUGAGGACUUCGUGUUUGAUACGGCACCAUCUGCAUCUCCUGCACCGGAGGCCGCUCAGGAGCCCUCUCACCAGGCAUCUCAGGAGGCCGUCGACACACAGGUUCAUUCCACUGCGCCUGUGGACCCAUCUCCUGCACCGGGCCCCACUCAAGAGACCGUUGAGGAGCCAGCUCAGGAGCCCUCUCACCAGGUAUCUCAGGAGGCCGUCGACACACAGGUUCAUUCCACUGCGCCUGUGGACCCAUAUCCUGCACUGGGCCCCACUCAAGACACCGUUGAGGAGCCAGCUCAGGAGCCCUCUCACCAGGCAUCUCAGGAGGCCGUCGACACACAGGUUCAUUCCUCUGCGCCUGUGGACCCAUCUCCUGAUGAGAUUGACGAGGAGCCAUGUUAUGAACCGGCCCCACCGCCCACCGUCAUUUCCCAUAGAAAGCAUGUUAUGAACCGGGGUCCGGGUCGAAAGAAGGGAAGGAAGGGAAGCAAGGAUGAUCAUGCCAUAGAUCAUGUUCAGAUUAAGAGGAGGAAGGGGGAUGGAGAUGAUGAUGGUGGUGGUGGGGUUAGCCUUAGGCCUAGCCGAACUCUAAGGGCUCCCACUUGUGGGACCUGA